CCCUAGCCCUUGGCCUCCUUCAUCUCUCCACCCGCAUGAUUCUUCCCCCAACAUCUCAUGAUCCGUUUUGUUCAGUUGUGAAUGCUGUGUCCUGUCCUGGUGACAGGAGAACAAUGUUGGUGAACGUCGCAGAGGGUGUCCUAGUAUUCCGUGCGCCCCUGGGAGCGGGUGGGAGCGGAAAUGCAAACCGUCAGCAGGCCUUGGUGAUAGCGCCCUAUCUGCUGCUGCAGCUCCAGCCCACGCCGCCUCGGGGGUUAUUUCUGUACAGGAGGCAGCACUGUGGUCUGUGCGGCGAGCGUGAGGUGGCUGGCUCUCUGGUCAACGCCUCCCGCUCCAGAGCAAGCUGGGCCACCAUCCUCUCGCCAUGGACUCCCGUGAGUUUGGGUCGUGUCUGCAGUUUCUUGGGUAGACCCAGUUUGGGAGACGUUUCGUUCGUUUAUCUGCAAUAGGGAGAGGGCUGGAUCCGACUUAGAGGGGGAUUCUGACCAGUGCCUAGGUCGGUUGGGGUGGAGAGGUGUGCGGCUGAGGCCACAGGCCUCGGGAUGGAGCCGGGCCCAGUGAUCCCGAUGUCCAGGGACGCCGCACAGGUGUCCCACUGGCCGACCAGCUCAUCGCAGCCUUUUCUUACAGGGCCACACGGGGCGCUGAGCCUACUGCUCCUACUGUUGGCGCCCCCGAGCCGCCCAGCCACGGGUUGCCCCGCGCCGUGUAGCUGCGCAGGGACGCUCGUGGACUGCGGGCGACGCGGGCUGACGUGGGCCUCACUGCCUGCCGCCUUCCCGCCUGACACCACGGAACUGGUGCUGAUGGGCAACAACUUGACGGCACUGCCACCGGGGCUGCUGGAUGUGCUACCAGCGCUGCGCGCGGUGUACCUAAGCGCCAACCCCUGGCACUGCGACUGCAGCCUGGUGCCGCUGCGCGCGUGGUUGGCGGGUCGCCCGGAGCGCGAGCCCUACCGCGACCUUCGCUGCGCCUCGCCCCCUGCACUGCGCGGCCGCCUGCUGCCCUACCUGACCGAGGACGAGAUGCGCGCCUCCUGCGAGCGGGGUCGGCUCUGCUGGGGGGCGCUGGUGGCUCAGCUAGCGCUGCUUGGCCUAGGGCUGCUACACGCGCUGCUGCUGGCGCUGCUAUUGUGCCGCCUGCGGAGACUAAGAGCCCAUGAUCGUAGACCGCUGAGCACCCCUCUGGUAGCCGAACCCGCUGGAGCUGGUGCGUCCUGAGAGAAGCGCAAAGCACGUAGGCCUGCAAACUCCACAGGACGCUGUCCAAGGAUCGCUCUCCCUAAUCAAGAUCCCCCUGGGUCUUCUCCCCUGUCUGAUAUCCCAAACCCACCGGGCGGGUCGGGUCAGAUCUAUGUGGGUUGGAAAUGUUGCCAAGACGAAGUUAGGAAACCCUGUGCCCUUCACACUUAGAAAGAUGAAGGAGCCUAGCUUCAACUAAAACACUGUGGAGUCUUCCCAAACUCCACGAUGAAUAAACCAUUUUCCUGA